AUGUCUGGUGGUCCUGAGCCGGACGAAGAUAGCCAUAUUUAUGGCUUCCCAAAUCGAGUCAGACGCGAUAGACAUAUCCGGAACAUCAUCGACCACACUAAUACCCUUUUCCCGGACCAUAGUUAUCAAUUCCUACGGUUUAACCCCUCCAGCCGGGCCGACGAAGAUGGCAUGUUCAUGAGUCAAUCAAGAAGCGAAAUGGGAGGUGAUGAAGAGCUGGACGAAUUUGAUCGCAACUUGCUAGGCCGACCUCAAAGGUCCUCUCAUCUCCAGGACUCGGGAUACUCUAGUCGACGCUUGUCAUUGUCACACGCCAACACUCCUAGUCAACCGCGGCGUGUAUUGGGAGAUGCUAGCCAUCACUUCGGAAACUUCACCAUUCGAGAUCUAGACUAUCAAUCGCCAUUUUCAAGCGACACGAUUCACUCAGGGAGCAUUAAACCAAGUCCAGCCUCUCGGCCUAUUUUCGAGCGUGACGGGUCCCACAGAAUGAGAGAGCUUCAACCCGGAGCGCAGAUGGCUACGCCUCCUUUCUAUACUGCCCCUAAUUUGGCACCGGGCCUUGAACACUCACUUAGUAGUAGCUCUCCUAUGAAUCCUGGCGGGUCUAGUCCUUCUGCACGCUUCAGCUUUAAUCGAAGGUCGAAAAUUAUAGAUAGUCCCUUGGCGACGCAGAAGAGAGUAAGCAAUCUCAACUUGGAUCUCACACAUGCCCCGGACAAACCUCCGUCGGUAAAUGAUACUCGCCUUAUUGACCCACGACAAGCACUGCCUGAUAAGUUUCGAACUGUUUUCCCCUACGAGCUUUUCAACGUCGUCCAGUCUAGAAGUUUCAAGCGUGUGUAUGAGACAGAUGACAAUGUUGUCGUCUCCGCUCCAACGGGAUCUGGCAAGACGGCCGUUCUUGAAAUGGCUAUUUGCAAGCUCAUAAUGAGCCCCGGAAGUGAGAAUCACAAGAUUGUCUAUCUAGCACCUACGAAAUCUCUAUGCUCGGAGCGCGCGAAGGAUUGGCAGAAAAAGUUCAGUCACAUGAACUUGCAGUGCAGUGAACUCACUGGCGAUACUUCGCAAGCGCAGGCGAGCCGAGUGGGUAGCGCAUCUAUCAUCGUAACAACUCCUGAGAAGUGGGAUUCUAUUACAAGGAAGUGGUCGGAUCACCGAAAGCUUCUUGAUAUGGUUCGGCUAGUUCUAAUCGACGAAGUACAUAUCCUAAAAGAUGUCCGUGGCGCUACGCUAGAAGCCGUUGUAUCGCGAAUGAAAACCAUUGGGGCGAACGUUCGUUUUGUUGCCUUAAGUGCCACCGUCCCAAACAUUGGAGACGUUGCCAAAUGGCUCGGACGAAAUCACUUCAACCAGCGAGACGAGGCCUUAACCGAGGCCUUUGGCGAAGAGCUGCGACCAGUCAAACUGCAGCGUUAUGUUUAUGGAUACGAUGCACAUCAGAAUGACUUCACUUUCGACAAGUCACUUGAUAACAAGCUGAUCGGACUCCUUGCGAAACAUUCAGAGAAGAAACCGAUCAUGAUAUUCUGUUUUACGCGGAAGUCGUGUGAGAGUACGGCUCGAAAGCUGGCGGAAUGGUGGUCAGAGUGCAGUACGAAUGAUAAGGCUUGGCCUGCGCCAACGGAGCGAGUACCUGUCGUGAACAGAGAACUCCAAGAGAUCAUCCGGUUUGGUGUCGCUUUUCACCACGCAGGCCUCGAUGCCUCAGAUAGAUCGGCCGUAGCGCAAAACUUUCUCGACGGCCAGAUCCGUGUCAUUUGUUGUACGUCUACCCUCGCAGUUGGCGUGAAUCUUCCUUGCCAUACUGUCGUGCUCAAGGGAACAACUGGAUAUUCCGAUGAUAAGCCUCAGGAAUAUUCGGAUCUGGAAAUUAUGCAAAUGCUUGGUCGUGCGGGUCGUCCGCAAUUCGAUGAUAGUGCGGUGGCUAUUAUUAUGACCAAAAAAGCAAAUGUUAUCCGGUAUAAGAAAAUGAUAUCCGGCGAUGAGACUCUAGAAAGCACGCUUCAUAGGAACCUUGUCGAACAUCUGAACUCUGAAAUUAGUCUGGGUACUAUUCAAGACGUCCAGACUGCGAAGAAAUGGAUUGUGGGCACAUUCCUGAGCGUACGAGUAUGUCAGUACCCGUCGCUUUAUGGCAUCAAAGAUGUUAGCAACGCUGAAGAUGCCGAAAUGAGGAUGAAAGAAUGGUGCGAACGAGAUGUCCGACUCCUACAGCAAUUCGGACUGGUAACCGAGCAGUCGCCAUUUAAGUGCACCGAAUACGGACAUGCCAUGUCGAGAUACAUGGUUAACUUCGACACUAUGAAACAGCUCUUGUCGAUUCCCCAUGGGGCUCCUCUUAAGGAGAUUCUUACUACGCUCUCCAAGGCUAUAGAGUUUAAAGACUUUCGCUUCAAGACUGAGGAACGCGCUCUAUUUCGAGAAUUAAAUAAGUCACCCUUCAUCCUCCAUUCAAUCAAAGAGCCAGUAUCGCAGACUUGGCAUAGAGUUUUCCUUAUGGUACAAAUCCAUCUCGGGGGCGUCGAGCUACCAAGUGACAAGGGACUUGGUCAUUCUAAGUACAAGAUCGCAGCGGAUAAAGCGGCCAUAUUCGAUAGAAUGAACCGCCUGGUACGUUGUUUCGUGGACUGUCGAGUUUUUGAUGGGGACGGCCUGGGUACAAAAGCUGGCCUUGAGCUCAUCCGUGGCCUUGUCGCGAACUCGUGGGAGAAUAAACCAUCGCAGCUUUCCCAGAUCCCGGGGUUUGGUCCUGUAACGGUCCGGAAAUGGGUCAGCCAUGGAGUCCAUACAGUCCUAGAACUGGCCGAUAGGGACUUCAACGAGAUUGAGCGUGUCUCAAGUAGAAAUCCUCCGUAUGGGAUGAAUCUAUUGAAAACCUUGGAGAAAUUCCCUCGGUUGGAUAUGAAAGCACAUGUCAUCCCACCGCCUGCGCAUCAAUCGCAACCUCAAGAAAGCGUGACGGUCACAUUGAAAGUCAACCUUUGUUAUUGCAAUACUGGGGGACCGCCGACCUGGAAUAAAAGAGUGCCAGCAGUGACGUUUAUGGUCCUGACUACGGAUGGCAAUCUCGCAUAUUUUUGGCGCGGGAACCUGUCGAAAAUCAACAAAUCUUUUGGCCUCGACCUGAGCUUCCCUGUUGCGAUUAAUGGACCAGACCAGAAGAUAAACUGCUACUUCAGUUGUGAGGAAAUUGUUGGAACCCAAGUUAUGAAGGUAGUUGAGCCUGGUAUACCUCAGGCGGCAUUCAACAAUAGAAGGACACAAUCGGCCAACCAGACAAGACCAACCAUGGACCUGUUCGACGACAAUAUGGAUUAUGGCGACCUACCUGAUGAGGAUAUGCUGAGUGCAGCUCUAACAGCAGACCAGGAUGAAGAAAUAGAGUCGCAGAGCUACCAGAGCCGAUUGGAUAGCCUCGAAGAAGAUAUUCCAUUCGUCGACGACUUGCUAUCGUACGAGGAAGGCCCUUCAACUUUUGAGCCUACUCAGAUGGAUAAUGGAAAGUGGAUGUGUAAUCACCACUGUCGCAAUGGUGGCCUCACCGCUGCGGGGAGACCUUGUACUCAUCGGUGCUGCCACGAAGGCCUCGAUAAACCCCGACCACCCCGACGAGAGAAGAAAAAGAAUCCAAGUAAACGUGAUAUGGGAGAUGAGAAUGAUAAGGAACGCAGUUCUGCUCUUAAAUCUCCAACUAACACGCAAGUUCCCAAAAACGGUGUGGACUUCGGGACAGGCGUAACUAAGGGAAAGGGAUUUGCGAAAUCGGCUUUUAGGACGGAUGAGUCUUCUACUACGCUGCCUACAAUGAAACGAAAGCGCCCGGUAGUCGAUAAAAAUAAGGGCGUGAGGCCUUCGAAGAUGAGCAAACCCACCGAAUAUACUUCGGACUUGGAUAUACUUUCCGAUAUUGAUUGUAUCGACCUUACUACAUCUACUUCCUCCAAAAGGGGAAGCCCUCAGCGCCGAAACCAGGUAACCCAAGGAAGCAAAGGAACUCUAUCCCUGAACAUGGAUAGUGGCAAGAGUCGAGCCCCUUUUAACUCAUCCGAGUCCCAUCUCCAUGGGAAUUCAGGAACGUCGAGUAAAACAGAGGCAAAGUCAAAUCGUACCAACGUUGGCACGAACUAUGAUGAAGACAUCUUUGGCCAGGAAGACGAAGACGAAGAUGAAUUUCCUGACGUAGAGAGCCUUAUUCGACUUAGCGAAUCAAAGGACACAGGCAAAUGUCCGACAGGGUUAGAUAAUGAUGAAACUCUAUGCCCUAGUGUUGUUCACACACUGAAGGAAAGCAUGGAAUAUGGUUAGGAACCAAAUCUCAGUUUUACUACAGUUGAUGAGUUGUGUAAGGCAUCUGACCGUUUCGAUUUGCCUUCAACUAAUUCUUCGAGUCGGGAUACCUGUCCAC